UCUUAUGUUUUGUUUGUUAUAUAAAAAGAGUGCAAAUCACAGCAAUAGCAGUCUACAAUCUAAAGCAUUUGUGUCUAACAAUGUUUGCUAAAAUCACAAUCUUGUGCAGUGUGGUGGUGGCUGCGAGUGCUGGUCUUUUGCACCACGCUCCAGCUGUCUCAUCCCAGAACAUCAUACGCCACGACAACGUGCACGAGACUCCAGUGCACUACGAGGCUCCGGUCCACGCUGUACCCGCUUACCAUUCAGCUCCAGCAGUGCACGCUACCGCAGUCGUCCAUGCCGCUCCAGUAGUCCACGCUGCUCCCGUUGCCCACGCUGUCCCAGCCUACCAUGCUGCACCUGUACAUGCUCAUGUAGAAGACCACUAUGUUGACGAAUACGCCCAUCCAAAAUACGGAUACUCCUACUCAGUAGAAGACCCCCACACCGGUGACCACAAGUCCCAGCACGAGACCCGUGAUGGUGAUGUUGUGAAGGGAGAGUACUCCCUAUUGCAGCCUGAUGGUUCUUUCCGUAAGGUCACUUACACCGCUGACCAUCACAAUGGAUUCAACGCCGUAGUACACAACUCGCCACCAGUCAUCCAUCAUCAUUAGAACCUUCUCAACUGUGAUAUUAGAUUAGGAAAUCUUAGUACUUUAGACAUUCGAAGCUAGGCUAUUCUUAGUACUUGUGAUACUUCAUUAUAUUUCUUAUGAGGCUCAUAUUCGAAGGUAGAUUUUAAUUUCUUAAUUUUUUAAUAGACUUUAGUUAGAUUUGAAAAUGGGCCUCAUUUUAUGUCUUCUAUUUCUCUUUUUAUUCUAUUCUGUUACAAUGAUGUACAAAUACAAUUAAAAAUAAAUAUUACAAAAACAUA